AACUGCUUUGGCGCCAAAAGCUCAUCAUCUUCCUCACUCUCUCUCUCUCUCACAUAGCGUCCCUCUUCUUGACUUCUUGGUCUCAUCGUCUGCAAUGGCUUCCAGCAGUAACAAAGAUGAUUCUUCCUACCUUUAUGCCAUGUUUCUUGACCUCAAAGAACGGAUAUUAGAGACGGGACAAAAGAUCGAGAAAUUCGUGCAAGCACCGUUCAACGACAACAGCAUCGGUGAAGCAGAUCUGAACGUCGGAACUGUGUCGUUGAGGACGAAAUUCGAAGAUCUGAACGCGAGGCUUCAAGAAUUUGCGAAGCAGUUCUGUCCAUCCGGCCUUCAGAAUCUUGAUCCUUUGGUGCUGGAAAUGGAGAUUGGAAGAUCGCUAAGCGAAUUGGGGAAAGAUAAUCAGGAAGCCUUUCUCCAAGGGAUUCAACACUAUAAGAACGAACUGAAAGAACUUGAUGUGAAGGCUUCGUCUGAUUUUGUGGAAUUAGAUGAUUUUCCAGAGCUUGUUGCUGUUCCUCUCAAUGCUGUGGUUGUUUCUGACGGUUCUGUGGCUGAUUCCGCGAGUUCUGUCGCUGUACCCGGUAGUGCUGAAGAACACGGCCAAUCUAUGAUGGUGAAUCUUAAGGCAUUGCUCAAAGAAGAAAUUAAAGAGAUGCAGCCAAUCGGAGCGACGAAAUCAGAUACAAAUUCAUCAGGUAAUGAUCAGAAUUGGAGUGGGUGCAACGUCAUGAUUAGGUUGUAUGGAUUUAGCCCAGAGGAGGCCGAGCAAAAAGAGAUAAAUAUCGCUAUAGAAUCGAAGAUUGACGAACCAAAUCUAGAUUCUAGAUUACUGUUUUGUUCAUCAGAAUCAGGAAUCUUGAAUUGGAGAGGUCUUGAAAUCUUGAAAUCAGUAAUACCUACGAAUGAGGGAGAGCAUCUGAAAAACCUAAGGGACAGGAUUUUGCAAUUGGAAACUGCAAUCUAUGACCUUGUUCUGUAUCUUCACUCUUUGAUGUACGGCAACGAAGAAGCAUCGGAAAAGCUCCAGAAUCUGAGAAAUUCGCUCAGAGAACUGACACAGAACAUGAAUGGGAUGGUACCGACAGUGGUGUAUAGAAUCAUGUUUCUGCUUGAAAUGCAGCCUCGGGUGGAGGGAUCAUCAGGAUCAUCCUCUGGAAAUGGAAUUGGUGCCCUGCAGGCAGCAUUGUACGAGAAGAUGGAUUUCAAUCAGAUGGUUGAUUCAAUUCGUGAGAUGAUUAUGCAUUUGUGGGGUGUGCUGGAGCGUUCAGGCAUUCCAACUGGAAAGACAAUAAACCCAGAUGUGCUGGGUGAAUGUGACAAAGGAUGGCUAGAAGCUGAGGAUGAACUGAGGAAAAUUGAAGUGAGAAUCAAGGAGGCAAAGUGGGAUGUUUUGAGGAAAAGGAAGAGUGAGGAUGAGGUUGGUUCAUCAUCUGGGAUAUCAGACAAGGCUAAGGGAAAGAGGGUAAAGAUGGAUUAAUGAUUUACAUACUAGUGUAAAUGUGGGACAGAAAUGACCAUUGCUCUUGGUAGAAUUAGAUCCUUUUUUCUCCUAUUAUUAGGUAAGAGUUUUGAGUUUGAUGGAUUUGUAGAUUUGGACUUGUGUCUAGGGAAAAGAGGACCUUGUUCAUCUGUUGACAUUACAUUUUACAAUGAUAAAGAAAAGUUGGAAAAAUUU